AUGGCGGGCGCCGGGCUCCGGCCGCGGAGCUGGGGACGAGGCUCUGGGGAUGAGGGAGCGGCUGGCGGGCCGGCGCCGGGCCCGGGCCCGUGCCGCUGUGCACAGGGGAGGCGGGCUCUGGUCCCCCGGAAACCUGCUGUGCCCGCCGCGUGGACGCCCUUCAUGGCGGCUGAGGAAAUGCGCUGGCCUGUACCCAUGAAGGCCAUCGGUGCCCAGAACCUGCUGACCAUGCCUGGGGGUGUGGCCAAGGCUGGCUACCUGCACAAAAAGGGUGGUACCCAGCUGCAGCUACUCAAGUGGCCCCUACGCUUUGUGAUCAUCCACAAGCGCUGCAUCUACUACUUCAAGAGCAGCACAUCUGCCUCCCCACAGGGCGCCUUCUCUCUCAGUGGCUACAACCGGGUGAUGCGGGCAGCAGAGGAGACAACGUCCAACAAUGUCUUUCCCUUCAAGAUCGUCCACAUCAGCAAGAAACAUCGCACAUGGUUCUUCUCAGCCUCCUCUGAGGAUGAACGCAAGAGCUGGAUGGCCUUGCUACGCAGGGAGAUUGGCUACUUCCAUGAGAAGAAGGAGCUGUCCUUGGACACCAGUGACUCCAGCUCAGACACGGACAGCUUCUAUGGUGCAGUGGAGCGGCCUGUGGACAUCAGCCUCUCUCCAUACCCCACGGACAAUGAAGACUAUGAACAUGAAGAUGAGGAUGACUCGUACUUGGAGCCUGACUCCCCAGGGCCCAUGAAGCCUGAGGAUUCCCUGGCCCACCCACCAGCCUACCCACCACCCCCUGUGCCUACGCCUAGGAAGCCAGCCUUCUCUGACUUGCCCCGGGCCCAGUCCUUCACCUCCAAGGGCUCAAGCCCUCUGCUACCACCCCCACCACCUAAACGAGGCCUCUCGGAUGCUAGCCCAGCCCCUGAUGACACUAAGAAGGACCAACUGGGCCUGAGGUGGGUCGAGCCUGGCCUCAGGGUGCCUGUUACCUCCCGAAGGAUGAGUGACCCCCCUCCGAGCAGUAUGCCCGCGGUACCAAGCUUCCGGAAGCUCCCUUGCUUCCAAGAGAGUGCCAGCCCCAGCCCAGAGCCUUGGAUUCCUGGCCAUGGGGCUGGCUCAGUCACCAGCUCUGCUACCACAGCCACUGCCAACUCUAGGAACUGUGACAAGCUCAAGUCUUUGCACCUUUCCCCCCGGGGGCCACCCACAUCUGAGCCCCCACCUGUGCCUGCUAACAAGCCCAAAUUCCUAAAGGUAUCUGAAGAAGUACCACCAAGGGAAGCACCUAAGCCUGGACUCUUUGUACCUGCUGUGGCCCCCAGGCUUCCGGGGUUGAAGAUGUCCAUUUCCGAGGCCACUGUUCAUCCUGUAGUGCUGCCAAAGCUGGAAAAGCCACCACUUCCCCAUCUCCAGCGAUCACCACCCGAUGGACAGAGUUUCAGGAGCUUCUCCUUUGAAAAGCCCCGGCGACUCUCACAGGCUGACACUGGAGGGGAGGACUCAGAUGAGGACUACGAGAAGGUGCCUCUGCCCAACUCAGUGUUUGUCAAUACUACGGAAUCCUGUGAAGUGGAAAGGUUGUUCAAAGCCACAAGCCCCCAUGGAGAACCCCAGGAUGGACUCUACUGCAUCCGAAACUCCUCCACCAAGUUGGGAAAGGUCCUGGUUGUGUGGGAUGAGUCUUCUAACAAAGUGAGGAACUAUCGCAUCUUUGAGAAGGACUCUAAGUUCUACCUGGAGGGCGAGGUCCUGUUCACAAGUGUAGGCAGCAUGGUGGAGCACUAUCACACCCAUGUGCUGCCCAGCCACCAGAGCCUACUGCUGAAGCACCCAUAUGGCUACGCUGGACCCAGGUGACAUCUAUUCCCACACAGCUGUGGAGUGGAGAAGCAGCCAUGGGGGCCACAGCCCCAGGCCACAUAGAUGGAAACUAGCCUGCAUGCGAAGAAAAUAAACAGGAGCAAAGAGUGGGCUUGACACUGGAUGUCACCAGCGGACUCUGUACCUUACCCAGUAUGCUGGCUGAAGCUGACUAAGUCCCACACAGGAGCACAUUGUGACAUCCAGAGGACUGGCUGGCUGACCUGGCCCACCCAUGCCUCCUAAGAAUCCAUGGCCCACCUGCGCUUCAAGGACAUGAAAUAUGGUUCUCAUACAACACACACAUUCUGCAGUGGGCUAGCCUACCCAGGCUGGGACAGUUGGAUAGCAGCCAAGGCUGGCCUUAAGACCCCAGGGGAGUGCUAAGACUAAGGCUUCAGGAAGGACAUUGCCUCUCAAUAAAUCAGAGAUGACCCUUUGUCUCAA